CUGGGCUAAGGGGCAAGGCCCGAGCACGGGCUAUCAGCAUUUCUUGCGUCAAUAAAUCUAAGCGGGAGGGGCAGGGCGUUGUGUAGGCACCGAUUCAGUGAGGACAGGUAAUUGGCCCGCCUCGCUGUCCGACUCCCAAGGAGGCGGGCUCAGCCAGCGAGCCCUGUCCUCAUAUUUCAAUAGCAAAUGAACUCUCCGGAGGUCGCGGUGAAGAAAUAGCUGUUGCUUCUUUCUUGUGUUUACCAGGUUUCCUCCUAAAGCACUAGGUAAACUUUCGUUGUAAAUUUGCAUCCGUUUUAAUAAUUAACUUACCCAAAUACGGAUGUCACGUGCCCUUAGCCAUCCAAGACAGCGCAACAGCGGCCCCUAGAGCGGAAAGAGGGGACGAAGGGCGGAAGUGCUGUAAAAGUCUGGCUUCGAGGGCGGAAGUGCUGCCCCGCUUUACGGUAGGGGAUUUGCGGGUGGUUCUAGCCGGGUUGAGCACACGUGCGGUGCACGGUAUCUGGACUCGAAAGGAACGGAGUAACCUCGGUAAUCCCUCUCAUGGCAGCCAUGGAAGAAGAAGAGCCCUCGAAGAACGAGCUGGUCAUGAGUGACGACGACGACGAGGAGGCUAACAAUGAAGAGGCAGCAAAAAAGCACCGUCAGCUUGUGGAUGCACUCAGCACCUUGUCUGGAGGGAAGCGACAGCGAACAGUUGAGCGAACUGAGGCAAGUGGUCACAUCUCUGAAUUCAGUGUCGGUGGUGCAGGCACAGGUGAGAAAGUACUUCUCUCGGAGCUGCUGCAGCCCAUUUCCGCCUCGCCAGCUCUGCGCCCCAUUCGAAAACAGCUGAACAAAGCCCAGCAGAAAAAGGCCACUGAGCUCCCACUCAGCAAGACGGAGAGCGAGCGGGUGGUGAGGGAAGCUGCUUACACCCAGACCUCUCAAGCGCUGGCAAAGUGGGAUCCGGUGGUGCAGCAGAACCGGCAAGCUGAACAGCUGAUCUUUCCACUGCAACAAGCGGGUGUGGCUGCCGCACCCGUCGAGGAAGUGAUAAGUGCUUGGCAGGCACGGACACCCCUGGAGCAAGAAAUCUUCAGUCUCCUCCACAAAGCCCACCAGCCUGUGAAGGAUCCACUUCUGACGCCCCAGGAGAAGGCCUCAUUGCAGGCCAUGAGCCUGGAGGAGGCUCAGAUGCGCCGGAGGGAGCUCCAGAGGGCUCGGGCCGUGCAGUCCUACUAUGAGGCUAAGGCCCGUCGUGAACGAAAGAUCAAAAGUAAAAGGUACCAUAAGGUGCUUCGGAAGGGCAAGAGCCGCAAGGUGCUUCAGGAGUUCGAGGCGCUGCGUAAAUGCAACCCAGAGGCAGCCCUGGAACAGCUGGAGAAGGUGGAGAAAGCCCGUGUGGAGGAGAGAAUGUCCCUGAAGCACCAGAACAAGGGCAGGUGGGCUAAAUCGACAGUCAUCAUGGCGAAGUACGAUCUGGAGGCCAGAAAAGCCAUGCAAGAGCAGCUGGCCCGAAACAAAGAACUGACACAGAAAGUCCACCUGGCAUCCGACAACGAGGAGGCAGGCAAUGGCUCGGAAGAGGAGGAAGGUCUCAUCCCGGACGUCGUCAAUGAAGGGCAGGCUGGGAUGCAUCUGGACAACCCCUGGAUGUUGGGGAAGCGCCCCACGGAGGCCGAGAAGGACCUGCCAGCUCCGCCAGAGAGCAGUGAAGAGAGUGAGGGAGAGGGGCCGCCUGUGUCCACAGAGGAGGCCCUGCUGCAAGGCUUUUCCGAACGCCGGCAGGGCCUGCAAAGUUUACAGGACAGCGCGGAGCUCGAGGGUCCGAACGAAGAGGAGACCCUGCCCUUGCUGCUGCCUGGCCCGCUUCCUCCAGCGCCCCUGAGCCCGGUGCCGGAGGGGCCCCUCUUGAGUGAGACGCUAGCACGGCUUCGCACCCCAGGCGAUUUGGAGGCCCUGGAGGCGGAGGACGUUCUGCAGGAAGGCAAGGUGCCGCCGCUUGAGGAUGCCGAGCUCCAGCAGCCUGCGGGAGCUGUGCCGUCGCCGCAGGCCCAGGGCAGCAGGCCGGCAGCCCCCAAGAAGGCGGCCAAGCGCAAGGCACUGGCUGAUCUGAAGGCGCACUUUGCGGAGGCGCCGCUCGUUGUGCAGUGCCCGCUGGUGCCUGCCGCUGUCCAGGAGGAGGCGGAGGAGGAGAUGAGCACAGAUCAGCGGCAGGUGAUCCAGGAGGCCUUUGCCAGUGACAACGUUGUUGCUGACUUCAUGAAAGAGAAGCGGCAAGCAGAAGAGGCCGGGAAGCCAAAAGCUAUUGACCUGGUGCUGCCUGGAUGGGGCGAAUGGGGAGGUGCUGGGUUGCGCCCAAGCCUCAAGAAGAGGAAGCGGUUCAUUAUUAAACCUGCACCAGGACCCCAACGGAAAGACCGACACCUGCCUCAUGUUAUCUUGAGUGAACAGCGCAAUAUUUUGGCUGCGGCUCAUCAGGUGAACCAGCUGCCCUUCCCUUUUGAGAAUAGCAAGCAGUUUGAGCGCAGCAUCCAAGCGCCCGUGGGCUCCACUUGGAACACUCAGCGUGCUUUCCAGCGACUGACGGCUCCCCGAGUUGUCACCAAGCCCGGCCACAUCAUCCGCCCAAUCACUGCUGAAGACGCCAACUUGACCCGUCAAAGGAAUGGGACCAAAGACAUGAGGGAGAAGCCAGAUUUGGAGCUAACCCUUCCUCCCGCUAAGCAUCCCACCCGUCGUACCUCCAAGAAGAAGGCCCGGUAGAACUAAUGCUAGGCUACCUUUGCCAUUGCAGGCUCCCGCUUUAGCCCAGCCUUUUCCACCUUGCACCCAUCCAGAUGUUUGGGAUAUCAGCUCCAGGCAGCACAGCAAAAGAUCAUGGUUGCUAGGGGGUGUACUCCAGAACAUCUGGAGGGUGCCAGCUUGGGGGAAGCUGCCUUAGUCAAACAGGUAUCUUGUUGACACUGCCCAAAACUGUUCUUCUACCUCUGCGCAGGCCUCUCCAACAUGGUGUGCUCCAGAUGUGUUAGAUUAUAACUCCUGUCUCUCACAGGCAUGCUUUGUGUUUCUCCCCCUUUGAUCUUCACAUCCUUUCCUGAGUUCAUGGGUUUCCCCAGGGUACAGUUUCUCAGAAGCCUCAAGUACUUUCCAGAGUCCCUGCCAACUUCGCACGGGCUGGUAUUGUCUCUGCACUGUUUCUGCCGUAACGAAAGAAACUGGUCCUGUUGCUUUGUCUGUGCAGCCAAUUCCUACUUAAUGGAAGAAGAAGAAAAGAGGCAGAAGUCAUUUGCUGUAGGGACUUGGUGGCAAAACCGAACAGAGAAAAGGGUCCGGGGCUUGCAAAGGUAUCAGUCUGACAGACAUACAUCUGAGUCCCAACAAUUUUGAACCCAGGCCUUUCUCAAGGAUGAAUUAUUUCUAAAAUGAAAUGGGGCGAUUGGAAUCUGAUUACCCAUUCAAGAAUAAUCCUUUAUAUCUAAACUCUCUAUACCUACUUAGACUCUCACACACAUACACCCCUGUGUAAAUAAAAAUGUUGAGAAAGUU